ACCGCGGAUCGCAGCAUGGACCGGCGGGUGUUGGUCAAGGACGACGCGCGCGGCCGGCUCUUGUCGCUGCACCUUGAGCAGUCGGGUGACGCGCCAUGCCUCAUCACGCAUGCUCAUGCAUUCGACCUGGCAACCGCCGUCUUUGCAUCGAGCGAGAACUGCGUACGCUGCGACCUGCCAGUGCCCAGCGCGAGGUAUGGCGCCUCUGAGCUCUUGGCCGCUGCGUUCGUCGACGACGAUGGGCUUGGCAUGCACAUGCUCUUCCUCGUACUCUUCUUGCAUGCGCGCGGCCACGUCGCUCUCGUGCGCGUGUCGCCCGAUCUGUCGGCGGUCGACGACCUGACGCUUCUCGAGGUUGCCGCGUGGCACAACCACCGAUGCCACGCACGUCUCGUCGACGGACCGCGCGUCUUGCUCUACUCGUCGUCGUCCAAGGCCAUGCAGCUGCUUGCGUGGAACAGCGACGAGGGCGGCGGCGGCGGCUUGCAGCCGAUCACGGGCGAGAUCGCGUUGCCCGCAGCGACGCUUGGCAUGCCACAGUGCCAGCGCGUCGGCACGCAUCUGCUGCUGCACGCCGUUCUACCCGACGACGUCCACGCGUGGGACACGCUUCCGCUGUGGCCGCUGUCUAGCGUCAAGAAACGCGCCAAGCGAGAUGAACCCGACCUCGCACCAUGCACGUACCUUUCAGCACCAACGACAGCGAUAUCCAGCGUCUACAUCAGCAGCCAAGACACUCCACCGACAACUCUCUUUGUCGGUACGAUGGCGCCGUCGCUGGUGGCCUACCGGUAUGGCUGCGUUGUCGCAAGUUUGCAGCUGCCCGGGCCCGCCAUUGACAUCCAGCACGCUGCCGUGGAUGCUGGCCUCGGCGUUCUCGCCGUGCUCUGCAAUGACGCACAGCAAACGCUUCUUGUCGUCUCGGUGCACGACGAUGCCCUUACUAUUGUACAAGAAAUUGCACUGGUCGACCGCGUGCUAGUCGCCGACUUCAAGGGCAACGGCCGCGACCAGCUCCUCUGCCUCUCGGAGCAGUCGGUCGACGACAUUCUCGGGCGAUGGCUGCUCACCGACCUCUCCUACGUCCACACAAACCCGGCCAAGGACAAGAAGGUGAAAAAACGCAGAGCCAAAACCAAACUACACGUGCGACUCGACAAGAUGAUGCCACCGGACCGGUCGGGAAAGCUCCUCGCCAUUGAGCAAGCCAUGCUGCACAAGGCGGCGCAUGCGACGGCCGACAACACCCGCCUUGGUCGCUUUAUGGACGAAAAGAAGAGGCUCGUCGAGCUCUUGUACCAGCACUGCUCGCAGACCGUCCAUGCCCAGGCAACGCCUGCGCUAAAUGCACCGGAAAGCGUGGAGCUACUUGCACUCGAGACGGUACUGCCAGCAGAGACGACGCGUGCGCCGGCAGCCGUCGUCACGAUGUCCUCACUGCGGCAGCCGUGUCCGUGGACGCUCAAGCACUGGGCACCGGUGGCAGUGCAUCAUACCCCGACGUCGAUGGUCGUUGACGUUGCGCUGACCGUCGUGCACAGAGCCGCCGACGCGCUGACCGACGUUACGUUGCACGCCGUGUCGUCGUCGUCGCUAACGAGCGUGUCGACGUUGCAGCCGGUCGUGCCCCCCGGCGCCGAGUGCAGCGUUCUCUUACAGCUGACGCUCAGCCAAGGCGCCCUUGAGAUCGCGUGCGAUCUUUGCAUUGCGUACACCGAUGUCCGUGGAGUCAAGAGUUUGUUUCAGCCACUGGCGCCGCUCGCCAUUGGCACCACCGACCUCCUUCGGCUGCCAGCGACGGUACCUCGUCCAGACAUCGUGACGGACCUGAUCCUUGUCUCGCCCCGCAUCGACUUGACGCAGGCCGUGCCAGGUCUGCAAGCGGUCAUGCCCGAGCGGAUUGACGUCCAGCUGCUUCGCCCGUCGAUCGCGUCCCUCUCGCUGCAAAGCCAUAGCCUUCUGAAGGCUCAGCUGAUGCGGGCGCAUGUGACGCGAGCACUGGAUGGCUGCACGGUGCUAACGAGCCCGUUCUCGCGGACGCACAUGGACGUCUUGCAGACGUGUAUGCGCGGGUUGCGCAAGGAGCUCGCACUUUUGCAAGGCAGCGCGUCGGUCAACGAACUUCGAACGGCGCAGAUCCAACUCGACGUUGCGAUGGGUCAUUUGCACAAGGCAGUAGCAGAACGCGCAGAGACGAGCGUUGAGGCCCCAGUGAGCGACACGAGAUAACUCGAAAUGCGCCGAGAUUAGAGAUCUCGGCACGGCCCACGUCCGAUCGAGGAAGCCGCCGACACUCGUGCAGGCGUGGGCCUUCAAUGCGUUAUAGGCAGGGGAACAUCGAUGUGUGUUGACUUUUCACAUUUUAUUUUCCGAGGUCAUGUAUACCCUCUGCCGAUGGACGUCGAUGUCACGCCCAAGGGUUGUUUAAGAAGACGAUUUUGACCAUCUACGGACCGCCAGAAGGCGACGA